CCUCUCAGUCAAGAAAGCUUGAGCAUCCAGUCAAGACCACAACAAGUCCGCCCCGAGAAUUCUGCAACCAUGAAGGUCGUUAUUGCCACCGCUCUGUUGGCCGUCGCCCCGCUUUGCUCCGCCUGGGGUCUGCAUCUCUUCAACAAACCCGGAUAUAAGGACAAGAUCUGGUAUGAUCAGGGACAUUCCAAGAAGGGAUGCACCGCGCUUUCGGCCAGCACGAGGGACAGAGCCGAAUCCAUGCACUGGUACUCCGACUACGGCGACUUUGAGGUUGUUCUCUACGCCACCACCGACUGCAAGACGGAAUUGGGCCGCUCCCGCGGAGACUGGCAUCUGCCAGGCAUGAGCGACAAGGCCAAGAACAACAUCGCCUCGUACAAGAUCAACAACUGAGGGAGGUUGGCGGGUUUGACUGAGCGGCAAUCGCUGCAGCCCUCUGUCGGUACGCCUUCGGUGACCUGGACUGUUGGACAAUUACAUGCAGACUAGCCAAUAGUUAGC